AUGUCCCCGUUCUUCAUUGAGAAGGUGGUGGCGUCUCUGUCAAAGAACGUGACCGAAAUUAAGCGCCUUAGAUCAGGUGACCUACUGCUAAAACGCACCUGGGCAGCCGACUGUGAGCUCACACAUGAGAUGGUUGGGAUCAAAAUAUCACCAGUCUUGCACAGGGCCCUUAUUACCUGCCGUGGUGUCGUGUCGUUAGCUGAACUCAUUGAUGUUCCUUCAGAAAAGAUUCUUGAAAAUCUAAAAACCCAAAAGGUGAUUGAUGUAAGGAAAAUAAAAAUCAGGAAAAACAAUGAGUACAUAACGACAUGCAACAGAAUCCUCACAUUCGACUGCCUGACUCUACCAGAAAGGCUGAAGGUAGGGUAUCUGACCGCAGAGGUGCGGCCAUAUAUCCCUAACCCACUUAGAUGCUUCAUGUGUAACUGCUUUGGCAAUCCUUCUGAUGCUUGUAGAGGGUCUGCGUGCUGUGCUCGCUCCAGCAAACAGGACCACAACUCCAAAGAGUGUGAAGGGACUGAUCACUGUGUCAACUGCACAGGUGACCACCCUUCGUACUCUAGGUCUUGCCCAAAGUGGAAGUUUGAGAAGGAGGAGAUGCACAUCAAAGUUACACAGAAACUACGUUAUCCAGAAGCCAGGAAGAAGGCAGCUCCCUUCCUGUUCCAGAAAUUCAUUUCAUAUGUCGUUAAAGAGAAACCAAGAAUGAUCUCAUGCGCAACACAGACAGACAAGACAGCACAAAGUGAAGAAACAUGUGCACCCCUUUCUCAAACACCACCUCCUCUAACGGUACGGUAA